AUGAAUCUAGAUCGUUAUUCACCGAGUACAAUAACUGCUCGAGUAAUUGCACCACGACCAUUCUAUCGAUCACAAAUUACUCCUGAUCCAUAUGAUUAUUCAAAUAAUAAUCAACAAUAUCAUCCAACACUUCAACGUGUAUAUUCAUCAAGUAACAUAAAUGGUUCAUCACUUUCAAAUUCUUAUCUAUCCGAUCAUGAACAAUCUCCACCAAUUAUUUCAAUGUAUCCUCGACAUCAUCAACAAUAUCGAUCAGCAAAUAAUAAUAAACGUGAUUUAAUGCUGACGAAAAAAAAAUAUCUUUCUUCUCUAGCAUUAAUCAGUGUUAGUUCAUCUCAAUCACCAUUAAUUACAAUAGCAUCAGGUGGUUCAACAAAUCGAUCUCAAAUACGUGUAUCAUCAUCAUCAUUACCAAAAACAAAUAAAUCAACAUUACAUGAAAUUCAUAUAUCACGACCUGAUUCUCCAACAAUAUCAAUUAAUCGUACGGGAACAAAUCAACCAAUUACAUUUACUAGUACACCCAAUGGUGGACUGAUAACUAAUGGAAAUGGUAGUGCUUUUCAUAUAUCAGUUGGUACUCCAACAAAUUCAGUUCAACAUGAUAUACGUGGACAAACACCACCGGCAAAGUUAUUUCAUCAAAUUGAUAAACGAUAUACGCUGAAUCCUACGACAAAUCGUUUUAAACCAUUAAUAGUUUAUACAACUCCGAAAACGAAUACAUUUGAUCGAUCAUCACCUAUUGUAAAUUUACCACCGGCUUCAAAUUCAACUUCUUUAUCAAUGCGUAAUGGAAAUAUAAUUAAACGAGAUCAUUACAAUGUUGAUCAAUUAACAAAAUUCUUCAUAAAAAAUAUGAAUACAACAAAUGAAGCGAAUGUUUUUGGUAUGUGUGCUAGAUGUAAUGAUGAAAUUAUUGGAGAAGAAAAUGGACUUGUAGCUAUGGAUCGAAUGUAUCAUGUGCCUUGUUUUACAUGUACCAUGUGUGGAUGUCGUUUACGUGGUAUGCAUUUUUAUUCAAUGGAAAAUCAACCGUAUUGUGAACCAUGUUAUAUUAGUUCAUUGGAAAAAUGUGUGGUUUGUGCACUACCGAUUACUGAUCGAAUUCUUCGUGCAACGGGUAAACCAUAUCAUGCUCAAUGUUUUUGUUGUGUGGUUUGUCAAAAAAGUCUUGAUGGUAUUCCAUUUACAGUUGAUGCAACAAUUCAAAUACAUUGUAUUGAUUGUUUUCAUCAAAAAUUUGCACCACGUUGUUAUGCUUGUCAUCGACCAAUAUUACCAGUAUCUGGUGAAGAAGAAACUGUUCGUAUCGUUGCAUUUGAUCGAAGUUAUCAUUUUGAUUGUUAUCGAUGUGAAAAUUGUAAAAUACAAUUUACAAGUGAACAAGGUUGCUAUCCAAUAGAUGAUCAUAUCUUUUGUUUACAAUGUAAUCAAACCUAUUCAAGUUUAUAA